AUACUGUCGAACAUGUGCAAGUUGCAAAAUGGCCGCAGAACGGUAAUUAGCAGAAUGGCAGGCGUCACUUUCCUUGUGUUUCCCUGUACUUUCUGUACUACUGAUGCAGUCGAUUUUGGGUAUAUCCUUGGUAGGGGCCCCAAGCCAUUUCCUCCGUCAAAUGUCCAAAGAAAUGGUCCACGAGGUGGGCAGCGUCCAGUCAACGCACUAGGCGCGAUUCAAAAACUUCUGCUUCACCACGUUUACGAUCCUCCAAAAAAGCGCCAACCUGAUUCUCAACUUGGUGGCGCUGAUGGUGGACACGAACGUUCCAGACAUCAAGCACCGCGAUGUGCAUGAGCAGAUCCAGGAGGAGUAGUCGUGCGAAUCAUG